AUGACCAGAUUGCAAAGAAUCACAGUCAAGCAAAAAUUCCAUGUUAUUUCUCACUUUGAGGGUACAAGGGUAAUCUCACUCAUCAACCAAGUUGGAUUCAGUGGCUCUUUUGAAGAGUCAAAGAGGGACGUGACCUAUAGAAAUGAUCCUAUGAAGUACGUCGACAGAGAAAAGAAAAAAAGAAGGGGAAAAACAGAAAAAAAAAAUUUGAUAAUUAGAUGGCGUAUUUAUAGUAUUGAUGUGUUUCGUUUUCCGGGUAAACAUGUUGUGGUUGAAAAGCAAAAAAAAAAAAAUAUGAAAAAUUUUCUUAGGGUUUUCAGUACACUAUUUUUACUUCGACGAACAGCCUCAAUUUUUCACUGA